AUGGCAAUGAGGCCGAGAGGUGGUGCCGCAUCCAAUCCAAGGCGCGGAGCUCGGACAGGUGGGGUCCGCCCGGUGUACGAAGACUUCAGACCCGUCUCAGAAUGGAAACAAGAUGACGAGUCUCACAUUCUCAACAUCUAUCUUCCGGGCUUUAUGAAGGAGCAAAUCAGGGUCUCGACGGAAGGGCAGAAUAUUAUCAGGGUUCGUGGAGAACGCUUGGUUGGCGGCAACAAAUGGAGCCGUUUUCUGGAGGAAUUUCAAGUUCCGGAAGAUGGCGUAAUGAACUCCAUUCGUGCCAAGUUCCAAGGAGGGGUUUUAGCCAUUACGGUUCCGAAAAGAUUAGACGAGAAGCCACACGACUCUCCCUUACCAAAAAUACCAAAAAUCAACAACGACGACCAAAAACACCCUGCUAUAGCAAAAGAUGAAGAGAAAGUUUUACCAGAAGUUAGCACUAGCAAACCACGAGAAGAUAGAAGCAAAGAACACGAGAAGAUAUCGACCAAUCCAAGUACAGAACUCAAAACCUCGCUUCAAAACAGCCAAGAUAAGGCUUUUCAAUCAGCAGAAGAGAAGAGUACAGAAUCUCGUGAGGCAACAGAUGACUACAACAAAAGGGAACGUGACUCGAGAGGUGGUCAAAGGGACUCGAGUGUUACCCAGCUCAGAAAUACGGGAGUUUCAGUUUCACGUGAUGCUGAGAAAGAAACGGGCAAGUCCAAAGGAAAGAAUAUUUUGUCACAGGAAAUGAAGACGAAAGAAUUACCCGAGGGUGGGACUGUCAAGAAGGGCAUCCCUGAGAAAACAAAAAGUGAAAAAGAAUUACAUGGAGCUAUCAUCACAAAGGAGAAAUAUAGAAAAGCAGUGAAAGGACUUACCGAGCUCAAUGAAGAAAGGCAAUUGCUGGUGAAUAUGGGGGUGGCAAUGCUUGUUGUCGUGGCUCUCACGGCAUAUGUCACCUACAAGUUUGCAUCUGGAAAGGAGAAAAACUAG